AUCUUCUUUUAAGUAAGCAUCAAAAUGAAGCUACUGCAAUCAAAAACAAAAAUAUAAAAAAACUAGUAUCAAAACGUAUUUUAAGUGAGUGCCAAAAUGAAGCUGCUAUAACAAAGGAGAGAAAUACAAAAAAAGCAAUACUACAACUUAUAAAAGAUCUACAACAA